ACUGGAGUCUGCGCAGUAGCGUCCUUCACUCGAGGGGUUUUUUUUUUUUGCGAGUGGCGCCUUCGUGUAGUCACGAACUCAAAAGCUCGAAAUUAGUGUUUUCUUUCAGAAUGGCAAGGUAUUUGCGACCUCCGAACACCUCCCUUUUCAUAAGAAACAUCUCCGAUGAGUCCAGGCCUGAGGAUUUGCGCCGUGAGUUUGGUCGUUAUGGACCUAUAGUAGAUGUCUACAUUCCCGUUGACUUCUAUACACGCCGACCAAGAGGAUUUGCAUACAUUCAGUUUGAGGAUGUGCGGGAUGCAGAAGAUGCCCUUCACAACUUGGACAGGAAGUGGGUGUGUGGCAGACAGAUCGAGAUCCAGUUUGCACAGGGUGAUCGAAAAACACCAAGUCAGAUGAAGAGUAAGGAGAGGCGGUCCCCCCGUAGCUUCUCUCGCUAUGAUGACUAUGAACGUGACAGCAGGCGCAGACGCUCCCGCAGUCGGAGCUACGACAGGCGCCGGUCUCGUAGCCCUUCUUACGAGCGGCGCCCACGGAGGUCGGAGAGCCCCCGAGACUACCACGGGCGAUAUGGGAGACGCAGGCGAAGUGGAAGCCACGAGAAUGACCGGUACAGACCCCCUCAGCGUGAGCACCAUAGGCCACACCAGAGUGCCCCAUCUCGCAGUCGAUCCAGAUCCAAGAGCAAGAAGGAGCCCAAGGGCAAGUCCCGUUCCAAGUCUCUGAGCCCCCCUGCUGAGGACUUGAACUUAGCAUCUGGUUCUCGAGAGGCCCAAAAGGAAACCCGCGUGCACUCCCCUUCUCCAUCUCGCUCUCACUCUCGGUCCCUCUCACGCUCACGCUCACGUUCCCGCUCCAGAUCCUGGGCUGGGCGUAAAUCAGGGGGGCACUAAUUGUGAGUGCUUCUAUUGUUCAUCCCUCCAACUCCCUUAAUGUUUAACGGUUUUUGUGAAAACUUGUGUUUGUUAAAUGACAGGAAAUGGAAAGUUGUUUGAUCAGGGUGUUGUUAGAGCUCAGCUUCACCCGUUCAAGUAUUCUUCAGUAGUCAUUUUGUUUAUUGCUUUGCAUGUCUGCGGUUUUGUAUUCCUGUUGACCACAAAGUAUAAACUGAUGCUCUGCAGUCAGUAGUAUGAAGUGGUAUACUCUAUACAUUUGACAUGACCAGCAUAUCAGAAAUCCUCACUUUUGCUCUGUAGGUCUGACUUUUGGUUCUGAUUUUUUUUUUUUUUUUUUUAAUUAAAUAAACCAGUUCACUGGUUAAAGUAAAAUCUGAAGCUCUGACUUUUUGGCAAGUUGAUUUUUUUUUUUUUUUCUUUUCUUAACUGCAAUUUGUGGUUUCUGUUUUUAUUGGUAGUGAAACUGUUUCCUUCAGCGUUACCAGUUCAGAAAUGUUGUCUUCCACUGCUGUUGAACACACUUUGUAUUUUAUAAAAUGUUUAUCCACUUGUAUGGUCUUGCAGAAGGUAAUACGUGGACUAGUUUAGAAAAUUCAGAUCCAGCUAAAGGCAAUUUUACACAUUCUGUUUACACUUUCCUGAACUUUAAUCAACUUAUAAAUGUCUGGUACUGUAAUGUGUCAUUUAGUUUAGCCAAUUCCUGUUCACUGCAUUUAAAGUAUAUUUACUGAUGCCCAUUUUCUUAUGGAAAAUCCUAUAAAUGGACUGUCUGUAUACACCUGUAUUUUUACAAAUACCUAAACCGGAGUGGUUGUGUACUACUUUAAGUAAAGCUUUGUUUUAACAUUUCA